CAAGCUUCAGCAAAUGCUUGUUUCUCUGACAUCAUGAGCAUACUUGCAAGUAAAGGGGCAAACACCAACAUCCCUGCGUUGUGUACUCUGAGGCCAUCAAAUCUUACUGAUGCUUCUUGUCCCGUGAAGGAUAUUAGCUCGUUUGAGAGAAUGGUUAAUGUAAGCAAACUCCUGGAUGCAUGCAGCAGUGUUGAUCCACUGAAAGAGUGUUGUAGGCCAGUUUGCCAACCUGCAAUAGUGGAGGCAGCGGUUCAUAUAUCCUCAGGAGGGGCAAGCAUGUUCGGAAGUACUACCAUACCUGGAAGUGCGGCUGGAAUUAAUACUGUCAGUGACUGUAAAGGGGUGGUUCACUCCUACUUAUCUAUGAAACUUUCAUCAGAAGUGGCGAACACUGCUUUCAGAGUAUUAUCUGGCUGCAAGGUGAACAAAGUCUGUCCACUGGAGUUCGAUGAUCCUUCUUCAGUCGUUAAGGCAUGUGGCAAGGCAUCUUCAAGGCCUUCAUGCUGCACAGCGUUGCAAUCUUAUAUCGCAACUAGACAGAAACAAAUAUUUGUCACAAACUUGCAAGCAAUUAACUGUGCAACAAUGUUCGGAUCAAUGCUACAGAAAGCUGGUGUGGGGAAUGAUAUUUAUGGGCUGUGUGAUAUUGACCUGAAAGAUUUUAGCCUGCAAGCUUUUGGGCAGCAAGGUUGUCUACUUCGGAGCUUACCUACGGACAUUGUAUUCGACAACGUUACGGGCAUUAGCUUUACGUGUGAUUUGAGUGACAAUAUUGUAGCACCAUGGCCAUCGUCAUCGUCUCUCCAGUCUUUGUCGCUGUGUGCUCCAGAAAUGUCAUUGCCUGCAUUACCGGUCUCGCCAUUAUCAGGAAGCUCAGCAGGUAUCUCCAGAACUGGAAUUGGGAUUCUGCUGCCUGUUGUGCUCCUCACCACGACCAUCUCCCUCUGAGAAAAGCACGCCAUGUACCGAGCCAGGAGCAUCGUAAUUUUCCCCGCUGUGCAAGCCCCGCGUUGUAAAUUAUGUCGCAUUGCAUUCUUGUAAAUGAGCCUUUCCCUUCUCCCCUUCCAUUUUGUCCAGCAGAUAGCAUUGUGAUGUGCUAGAGAGUACCGUUGUACCUUUUGAGACAUUAUCUCUGGAAGUAAAAUCUACCUAAACUUUGGCUGGUCA